AUGACGCAAGUGUUCGUCGUCGCCGCGAAGCGCACCCCCUUCGGCGCCUUUGGUGGCAAGCUCAAGUCCGUCUCUGCGACUGACCUUGCUGUCCAUGCAACGAAGGCAGCACUGCAGGCCGCGAAGUUGGACCCUGGCCUCGUGGACACCGUCAUUGUUGGUAACGUCGCUCAAACGUCGUCGGAUGCUGCCUACCUGGCCCGUCAUGUACUCUUGAAGAGCGGCAUUCCAAUUGAAAAGCCUGCCCUCACGAUUAACCGUUUGUGCGGAUCGGGGUUCCAGAGUCUCAUCAACUGCAUCCAUGAAAUCAAGCUUGGUGAAGCGUCGAUUGCGGUCGCGGGAGGGACCGAAAACAUGUCCCAAGCACCGUUGGUAUCGUAUGGCGACAAAUCGCGCUUCGGUGUCGGCCUCGGGUCGGGUCUCCAGCUUCAAGACUCGUUGUGGUCGGCGCUGACGGACUCGUACGCAAAGAGCCCCAUGGGGAUCACUGCCGAGAACUUGGCCGCCAAGGUUGGUGUGACUCGUGCUGAAUGUGACGAAGUAGCUCUGCGAAGCCAAACUUUGUGGGCGAAAGCCCAUGCUGCUGGUGUUUUCAACGAUGAACUCGCCCCAAUUGACGUCAAGGUGAAGGGGAAGAUUGAGGCAUUUGCAGCUGACGAACACCCGCGCCAAACAACCCUGGAAAAGCUAAACAAAUUGAAGACAGUGUUCAAGGACGACGGUGUGGUGACGGCUGGAAAUGCCUCUGGUAUAGCGGAUGGAGCUGGGUCGAUCAUUCUGGCGUCCGAGGCGGCGUUGAAGCAUGCCGCUCCUUUGGCCCGCAUUGUGUCGUACAGCGUUGUGGGGGUCGAUCCGUCUAUCAUGGGGAUAGGGCCCGUGCCAGCAAUCCAAGAUGCUCUCAAGCGCGCCAAUUUGUCCCUUGACGACAUCGACUUGAUCGAAAUCAACGAAGCCUUUGGUGCCCAAUACCUCAGUUGUAUCAAGGAACUUGGGGCGAACCCGGACAUCUCGAACGUGCACGGCGGCGCCAUCGCUCUCGGCCAUCCUUUGGGAGCUUCCGGCAGUCGCAUCACGGCCCACUUGACCCAUGCUUUGAUUCGCACCAAGAAGCGAUAUGCCGUUGGUGCCGCAUGCAUUGGCGGCGGCCAAGGUAUUGCGGUCAUCCUGGAAAACGCCACCCUGUAA